ACUAGAAUGAAGCUCCUAGGUCUUCUUCCAUCAUGUAGGCCGCAAAGGGGUGAGUGGUCACUCUACCCCGAGGCCCUGAUCCAACUAACGGUCCAGUCUCUACAAGAAAGCACUUUACAACUUCUUCAACCCCAUCUUCACCUUCCUCUCUCUCCAACAGUGUCCGCCUCUUAAUGCGCCAUGUCCCCCACCCCGUCGCAAUCAUCACAUCCACCGAUCCGCGCAAUGGAUCUGAUUCCCCGGCACGCGGAAUGACCGUCUCCUCCUUCAACACGGUCUCCCUGUCCCCCUCCCCGAUCAUCUCGUUCAAUGUGCGCCGCCCCUCGGAAACCCUGGCUGCUUUGCUUCUCUCAGACCGCUUUCUCGUCCAUCUCCUCGCGCCUAACCUGCGCACUGCUGCUCUGGCCCGUGCGUUCUCGCGCGGAAAUAAUACUCGCACCGAGUUGGAGGACUUUGAGUUCACGCAAUACCUUUCAGAAGAAGGAAAGGUCCCUUUGUCUCUUCCGCUUUUGAGGGAGAAAGAGGAACAUGCGAAAGGAUCGGAUAUCCCCUUCGUGCUGGAAUGCAAGGUUCAUCAGCAGGUCCAGGUCAACGAUCAUACAGUCGUCCUGGGGCAGGUCCUACAUACACUCGGCCAGAUAGCGGAGAGUCGGCGCAGUGAGGCGGAUGAAUUGUGUUUGACCUAUGCCGAUACCAGGUUCUGGCGUAUGGGUGAUCAAAUAGACUAAUUGUACAGUAACAUUAAAAGAAACAACCUAGACAUAGAAGUACUCUCAACUUUUAUUCCUAUCUAUAUAGACUGCCGGUGAUAGACUGAAC